AUGAGUUUUGCAGAAAGAGUUUAUAGGAAAACACUUUAAAAGAAAACUAAAAAGGAAGUCAAAAAAAACAAGGCAGAAACAACUGAAAAUGAUGAUAAUUAUGGUCUUUCUUACUUUGACAAUGAUUAAGAUGAGAUUUCUAAUUUGGCAGAAGAAUUCUUAGGAAAAUGCAUCCUUAUGAAUCAUUCUGAUGAUGAUGAAGAAACACAAAAAAGGAACAAAAUUAGAGGAAAUGAAUACUUUUAGUUAAUUCAAUUGAAAUAAAAAAAUAUCUAUUCCAUAGAAAUAAAAAAUGAUUAAAAUUAAUAGAGUUAAGAAAAUGACGAAGAUUAAGAAUGUUUAGAAACUCGAUCAAAUUCAAAUUAUGAGGAUGAUUUUUAAAAAGAUGAUGCUCUAAUGGUGUAAUUGAGCGAAAUUAAUUAUUUGGAGGAGUUGGACAACGUUUAAAAAUAAUCAGUUGGGUUAGGAAAUAAAAAAUACUAUACUUCGAAACAAAAGUUCAAUAAAAUUACUAAACAACAUCUAGUUCCUUAAAUUAAAAAGAAAAAUAUUCUAAAGAUGAAUUUAAAGGCAUGA